GGUUCUUUGGUUCCGUACGUGUGUUUUAUUUGAAGGCCUGCCUGACAAGCUCGUACUAGCAAUCAUUGAGUGCUGGUUUUAUUUCCUCGCAGAGUUGUGUGGUGAAGAGAUCCUGUGUGGGUAGGGAGAGACUGCGUAUUUUUAGACUGAUUGUCGUGAUCUUCCUAAGUGUUCGUAUUUUAGAAGGGUUUUGGAUAAUGGAAAACAGAAACACUGCACUUGGCGACGAAUGUUAGCUCAGCACAUGAGAGCCUUUGAAAUUCCAAUAGUAGGACGUCUGACUAUAUAUAGACCUUGGACAAACUGUUUGAGGCGUGUCAUCAAUUACUCGAAAAUAGUGGAAUAGUAAGCCCUCGCUACAGUCUCAACUAGUGACCUCAGUCAGCUCAUCGAAGGACUGUGGGAAGGUGUUCUGCCUUAGUAAAUCAAGGACAAAGUUGGUGAUCAAUCGUGACAAAAAGAGGAAGACGAAGUGUGAUCGUAUGCCAUGGCGGCUCACGCAGUGUUAGAAGUUCCCAAGAUGAUGAGAGCUGUCCAGUGUUCUAGCUAUGGUGGAGAUGCAGAAGGUUUGGAGCAUGUAGAGUUGCCAGUUCCCAAACCGGGUAGAGAUGAGGUGCUUGUCAAGGUGGAAGCCUGCAGUAUCAAUCCCAUCGAUUGGAAAGUUCAGAAAGGCGCCAUGAAGCCUGUUCUGCCCUACAAGUUUCCGCAUGUACCAGGCUCAGACAUUGCUGGGAUGGUCAUCAGCGUGGGUCCUGCUGUGACGACGUUCGUACCUGGUGACAAAGUUGUGAGCUGUUUAGGCAGGGCUGGUGGAGGUCUUGCUGAAUAUGCACUUGCUCCAAUAAGCACUUCAAUCAAACGGAGACAUGAUGUCACACCAAUCCAGGGCACUGCUUUGUUGCUUAGUGGAUUUGCUGCUCUUCAAAGUGUUCGCAACUCAGGGGGGAUUGACAUCGAAGGGAUAUCUGAGGUGUCUAAGAGUCUUCUCAUUAGAGCCGCAUCUGGUGGAGUUGGGACCUUGGCAGUGCAGAUUGCGAAACUAGGAGGUGCUCAUGUAACAGUAACAUGCAACCCCAAGAAUUUCGACUUGCUCAAAAGCUUGGGGGCAGACGAAGUACUAGACUUCGAAGCCGCAGAUGGAGGAGCUCCCCAGAGUUUCUCCGGCAAGAAGUAUGAUAUCAUUAUCAACUGUGGUCCUCAUCGGCCCUUUUCCCAAUACAAGUCCCAGCUAAUGCGGACUGGAUACGUUAUCGACUUAAACCCUUCGCCAAAAGGCUUCAUGACAAGUGCCAUCUGCACCUUCUCGUUGUCAUAGCAGAAGUAUUUCCCUUUCAUGCACAUACCCAAUUGUUCCGACUUGUAUCUUCUGUUCAAUCUGUUCCAUCAAAAGAAGAUCAAGCCUGUAAUUGACUCAACGUACCCGCUGACCAAAGCGCAUGAGGCUUGGGCUAGAUGUAUGGAGGGAGUCGCCGUUGGGAAGAUUGUGGUCACCUGCUGCGAACCCCUGCAGAGCUUACCAGGGCACCACAGUUCUCCCGUUGCAACUCCGAGGGCUUAGAGGAAUUCGCUUUGUACACUGAUGAUUUCUAAAUUCCCUGCCUAUUUUGAUUCUGAGCUCUUCUUUCUGUGUAGUUUCAGAAUGAUCCAGCCACCAACUCGUGUUGAAAUGAGGUCAUAUUUGACGCGUUGAUAAAUAACUGACAUACAAUUGAAAAACCCCUGCGAAGUAAUGUUCGUGAUGGCGAGGCCUGGACUCAUAAUGAACCGAUUGGAGGUAAAUGAUCAAGGUUGUUUUUUGGUUUAACGCGCGAGCUGUUAUCCCUUUAAGAUU